AUGUCUCCCCAUUCAAAGGCGACGGCAGAACAGGACGAGACAUCGCACGACCCUACCGCCGUGAGCAACCCGUCCAGCGUCACGGGCAGACUGUGCACUUGGAUCCACGACAUCACCAUCGACUCGAUCCCCGACGACGUGGUGCGGCGCGCAAAGUACCUGAUCCUCGAUGGCAUCGCCUGCGGCCUGGUCGCCGCGCACCUCCCCUGGUCCGAGAUCGCGGCGCGCGCCAUCUUCAACAUGGAGCCCGAGGGCCAGUGCACCGUCAUCGGCUGGGGUGGCGUCAACAAAAAACUGUCCCCGCUCGCAGCGAGUAUCUUGAACAGCACCUUCAUCCAGGGCUUCGAGCUCGACGACUACCACUCCACGGCGCCGUUGCACUCGUGCUCCAUUCUCGUCCCCGCGCUGUUCGCCGCCGUCGAGGCGGACACUUCGUACACCUUCUCGGGCCAGGACUACCUCAGGGCGUUUAUCGUCGGCUGCGAAGUCGGGCCUCGAGUCGGACUGGCCCUCCAUGGCGCUGACCUCCUCUCUCGUGGCUGGCACUCGGGUGCCGUACAAGGACCCUCGGCGUCUGCCGCGGCAGUGUCCUCCCUUCUGGGCUUGCCGCCUGGACAUGUGGAGUCCGCGCUGGGGAUAGCCUGCACACAAGCAGGAGGCCUGAUGUCGGCGCAGUUCGGCUCCAUGGCCAAACGCAUGCAACACGGGUUCGCGUCGCGCAACGGGCUCUUUGCCGCCCUGCUCGCCAAGGAAGGGUACACGGGGAUCCAGGAGGUUUACGAGACGCCGUACGGCGGGUUUUUGUCCAUGUUCUCUGAAGGAGUGACCAAGUUCACGCUCAAGUCCCUCCCUGACGAGCUGGUCAGCGGGCUCGGCGAGAGGUGGGAACUGCAGGGGAUCCGGAUCAAGCUGCACGCGGCCAUGGCAGCGCUGCACGGGACGAUCGACUGCAUCGAGAAGCUGCAGCGGGAGCACGAGUCGCUCUUCGCGGCCGACAACCUGGACAAGAUCGAGGCCAUUACGACGCAGCACUCGAAGCCGGCCUUUGAGCACGGCGGCUGGACCGCCCCGCCGGACAAGCCGCUGACCCCGACGGCCGCGCAGAUGUCGAUUCAGUACGCCGCCGCGGCGCAGCUGGUCGACCGCACGGUGCUGAUGGCGCAGUUCGGCGCCGACCGGCUCAACCGCCCUCAGCUGCGCGCGCUCAUGGCCAAAAUCACCCCGACGCACAACCCAGAGUUUGAUAGCGACCGGCGCAAGGGGUGGCGGACCGUGGUGACGGUGCGGUUUUCAAGCCAAGAAACGGUCGAGGCCACGGUCGAGGGCCCCAAGGGCAUCAUGCCCCCCGCGACCGACGAGGAUAUUGUGACAAAGUGGCGCAUGCUGGUGCAGGACUUGCUCGACGAGGAGCGAAGGGAGCAGAUCGAAAAUUGCGUUUUGGGGUUGGACACGCUGGGCGACGUGAGAGAGUUGAUUGCCUUGUUGGAGGGCGCGGUUGGGUGUCCUAUCGUUGUCUGA